CACGCCCCCGCCGUGAACGACAUGAACCAGCAGUGGCUUUUCAUGGGGAAGAACAUCAAGCCUAGCAGCAAUUCCAAGAUUGCGGGGCGGCCGCGGGCCGAGGUUGCCAACGCAGUUCGCGACCGCGCGAAGGCGGUGACGGGAUGCGCGAAGUUUCGGCUUCUCUUCCUUGGUUUGCAUGGCAUCGGCAAGCCGCCCGCUUUCAUCGUGAUCGCAAUGGCCAUGGGCCGCUACACCGCGGCGCGCUCGGGCGGCGACCCCCCCCCCCCUGGGCGGCGCCGCAGCGCGUCGAUGGGCGGCUUCAAAUCCAGUCAGGGGACAGCGUCCGAGGGCGCUCUCCUCGACGACCCUGGCAUGUGGCACCUCUCGAUCGAUGACCUCAAGUCCUUCUUCGACGCCGCUGAGGACACGUUCGCCAAGGCCAGGUACAACGACGCAGAGUUCGCGAAGAAUGCUGCGCGGUGCUUGGCGGAGAAUGAGUUCGACGAGAAGGGCGAGCCUCCUGCAGACAACCGAACCAGUAUCACCGUGGCCGAGGCUGAGAAGCUGUCCAUGAAGCCGUUCUCCGGGUGGAAGCAGGCGCGUGUCCUCGUCGCGCUCAAGCGCGCUAUUGCGUGCGUCUCUGGCCGCCGCGCCACGUGCGCUCGCUUUCCCAGCAGUGGCCCCGGCGCGGCGGUUCACCGCAUCAGCCUCGACUGCGUCGAGAAGGACUGGUUUCGCGACGGGCAGUUCUGGGGCGCAGGCUUGGUCGACCGCGCCGCGCCCGCGCGCGGGAACAAGCUGGCCGACGCCUACGUCGCCGAGUCCUUGCAGGCCGGCGACGGGGCGCUCGCCCUCCGCCCGCGCCCAGACGAGGGCGGAAGUUCCGUUUUCCCGACGGGGCCGCGCGCGCCGCGCACCAGCAUCAACCACAGCCGCUGCCGCGUCGACGGCGUCGGGGCGAGGCAGGCGCGUUUGAAGGGCUCCCCACCGUCGCUAGUCGGGGGCCAGUCCUGCGACCUCGGGGGGGAGUUGGGGGCGCCCCUCGUAGCCGAGGGCGUGGCCACGCAGCCUGGCGCCGAGGCAGGCCCGCAGGCGUCGCAGCCGAAGAGUCCUUCGCUCUUUCCAGCAGUCGGC